GGCAGAGAGGCCGGCUCCGGCUGCCCGGUCCCGCGGAGGGGCCGCUGGGAUGCGGGGGCAACCGCGGAGCUCCUGCUGCCCCGGCCCCGGGUCUCCCCGGCCCCGACGCUGCCGCGGCUGCUGCUGGCUUGGAAAUGGAGGCUUCUCUGCAGCGCGCUGGGCGCUGCUGAAUUAAUCACCCGCCUCCUCCUCCUCCUCCUCCUCCUCUCCUCCUCCUCCCGGGGGUGGGUGUGUGCCCGGCCCCGCAGCCCCUCGGAUGCUGCCUGGCUUCCAUCGCCCGCCGACCGACAAAGGCUGGGGACCGCGCUGGCCAGCGGUCCCCUCGCUGGCGGGUCCCCGUCCCACCCUCUCUCGGCUCCGGCGGCUGCUGCCCUCUCUGGGGGAGCCGGGGCCAGGUAUGGAUUGAGCAGCGUCCCGGGCAUUGGCCUCGCGAGCCCGGCUCCCCGGGGAGAAUUCGGGGGGGGGGGCCCGCUCUGCACUCCCCCGCCCCCUCGAGCAGUGCCCGGCGCCGGCAUCGCCCGAUGGUGCACGGACCUCCCUCAGGCUCACCGGGCUGGGGUGCCACCCGCUUACCAAGUCUGCCUCUCGGCCCUUAACCGGAAAUGCCCUUGUGGAGCCAGCGCCCCGCCCCACAGUGCCCUCUUCCCCCCAACGCCAGCACCCCUCCCUGUGCCCCCGCCGCCCCCUGGCCUGCACCAUGACAGGGGCCUUGCUUGCUUCCUGCGGAGGGGCGUGCGGCAGGCGGAGCGGCUCUGGCUGAGGGAUGGCCUCUCUGGACCUGCCCUACCGCUGUCCGCGCUGCGGGGAACACAAGCGUUUCCGGAGCCUCUCCUCACUGCGGGCCCACCUGGAGUACAACCACACCUAUGAGACCCUCUAUGUCCUCUCCAAGACCAACAGCAUCUGCGAUGCCACUGUCUUCCCCUUGGCGUCCGACGCCACCCUGCUGACCCCGGCUGCCCGCCGGGAGAUCUUCGAGAGCACCUCCUUCCAGGGCAAGGAGCAGCGCUUUGCCUGCGACCUCAUCUCGGCCGACGAGCUGGAGCCCACCUCUUCCUCUGCGUCCCGCUACGUGCAUGAGAUCGAGAUCCCGCUGACUGAGAUCUUCACCCGCAAGGCCAUGAGCUCGGCCACCACCCCUCCCGCUGCUGCCGCGGUGGACGCCGCCUAUGAGGAAGGCCUGACCCGCCUGAAGAUCCGGGCCUUCGAGAAGCUGGAGGUGGACAAGCGGCUGGAGAAGCUGACGGAAGAGGUGGAGCAGAAGAUCGCCUCGCAGGUGGGCCGGCUGCAGGUGGAACUGGACCGGAAGAGCUCGGAGCUGGAGAAGGCCAAGCAGGAGAGCGUGAGGCUGAGCCGGGAGAAGCAGGAGCUGGAGGACCGGGCGACGGAGCUCUCCCGCCAGGUGGACGUCAGCGUGGAGAUGCUGGCUUCCCUCAAGCAGGACCUGGUGCAGAAGGAGCAGGAGCUGACCCGCAAACAACAGGAGGUCGUCCAGAUAGACCAGUUCCUCAAGGAGACGGCGGCCCGCGAGGCCAACGCCAAGGUGCGGCUGCAGCAGUUCAUCGAGGAGCUCCUGGACCGGGCCGACCGGGCGGAGAAGCAGCUCCAGAUCAUAAGCUGCAGCACCACCCCCAACGGCAGCCUGGGAAGGUGCAGCGUGCCCGGCUCCAAGGGCGCCAGCAGACCGAGAGACAGGCACGCCGGCCCCGGGGCAGCUGCCCACAGCUCCUACGCGGAGUCCAAUCAGAGAUCGUCCUCGAGCACCGGGGCCUCCAGCCGGGUGAAGGCCGUCUCCCAGAGCUCAGGCUGCUACGAGAGCGACGGCGCCGAGCUGUACCAGCCGGAGGAGAAUGCCGACGGGCACCCCUACCACAGCGGGCAGAGCCGGGGCGUGGACGGCGGCUUCGAGCGGCCCGUGGUGGCCCGCAGCUCGGGGCUCCGCAGGCAGGCCAUCCAGAACUGGCACCGCCGGCCCUACCGUGACAGCACCGAGGGAGAGGAGGGGGACAUCUCGGACGUGGGCUCCAGGACAACCGAGUCGGAGGCUGAGGUGUGGGAGCAAGACCGCCGCAUCCCACCGGAGGCGAACCUGGCAAGGCCCCUGAACAGCUGCAAGCUGACGGCCAGGUCCGAGGGGGGCGGCGGGAAGGCUGUCCGGCCCGAGAGAGGCAGCCCGUCCCGCUCCAACGAGGUGAUCAGCCCGGAGAUCCUCAAGAUGCGAGCUGCUCUCUUCUGCAUCUUCACCUACCUCGACACCAAGACCCUGCUGAAGGCUGCUGAGGUCUGCAAGGACUGGAAGUUCGUGGCGCGCCACCCUGCCGUGUGGACCCGGGUGCUGCUGGAGAACGCCAGGGUGUCGUCGAAGUUCCUGGGCAUGCUGUCACAAUGGUGCACCCAGACGCACUCCCUCACGCUGCAGAACCUCAAGCCGCGGCUGAGAGGGAAAAAGGAGAGCAAGGAGGAGUACAUGAAAAGCACCCGGGGCUGCCUCGAAGCCGGGCUGGAGUCCUUGCUGAAGGCCACGGGCGGUAACUUGCUCAUCCUGCGGAUUUCCCACUGCCCCAACAUCCUGACGGACCGCUCCCUCUGGCUGGCCAGCUGCUACUGCCGGGCGCUUCAAGCUGUCACCUAUCGGAGUUGCACAGACCCUGUGGGGCAUGAAGUCAUCUGGGCACUGGGAGCAGGCUGCAGGGACAUCAUCUCACUGCAGGUGGCACCACUGCACCCUUGCCAGCAGCCGACACGUUUCAGCAACCGCUGCCUUCAGAUGAUCGGCCGAUGCUGGCCGCAUUUAAGAGCGCUGGGUGUUGGUGGCGCGGGCUGUGGAAUUCAGGGACUGGCUUCUUUAGCCCGGAAUUGCAUGCGGCUGCAGGUGCUGGAACUUGACCACGUCACGGAAAUUAACCAGGAGGUGGCGGCGGAGGUGUGUCGGGAGGGCCUGAAGGGCCUGGAGAUGCUAGUGCUGACCUCCACGCCUGUCACCCCCAAAGCCCUGCUGCACUUCAACAGUGUCUGCAGGAACCUUAAGUCCAUUGUGGUGCAGGUGGGCAUUGUGGACUACUUCAAGGAGCCGAACAGCCCCGAAGCCCGGAAGAUGUUUGAGGAGAUGGUGAACAAACUCCAGGCCCUGAGGAAAAGACCCGGCUUCUCAAAGAUUUUACACAUUAAGGUGGAAGGAGGCUGUUAGCCCUGCAGGGAACGACGACGUGUGUCCUUCUCUGUCCACCUGAGCAACAGAGACAGUGAAACCAAACCCACCGUCCGCCCUUUGUUUGAAACCCGGAGCCACAGAAGAGCCAGCCAACGCACACAACUCGUGCAGGCCUUGGUGACUGGAAGUGACCCGUUCCCUCGGUGGGGCAGGGUAUGUAACAUAUCGCGGACGUGACGGUGCUACAAAGGUAGCUUCUCGACCUGCCAGAGAGGGCUCGGCUGCUCUCUUUCUGCCUGAGGAACUAGGCCGGACACCCUGUUGCCAAGGAGCUUUGUGUUGGGGACAUUUCUUUCUUUGAGCCUCGCUUUCGUUUAGCGGGAGCUGGGGAUCUCAGUGACGUGGCACGUGACCCAGCCAAGCACAGCUUCCCCCUCCUUGCCACCUGAGUGGAUGAGUCUAAGACUGAGGUAGAGCCAGGCCCCGCGCCGGCCCUACGUUGAGGGUCGCGCCGUCGGGACCGGUAAACAGCGCUGGGGAAGUCGGAGCUCCCUGCACAGCCUUUCUUGAUGUGUGGCUCGACUGAAUCCCAACUCCCAUCCGAGCUCCAUUUUAGGGGGGCGGGGCAGUGCCGCCGGGCGACCCACGGCCCAGCAUUACUGUACAUUUUACACUCUUUUCUUUCAAUUUACCCAACGUGGGUAAGUGCCUCCCUCAAGCCAGCGGCCACAACAGCACAGCCACCGCAGCCACAAAGUACAAAGCUCCUCUUGCUCGUGACCCUUGGGGCGCCUUGGGAAGCUAGCCAGCGACAUGGAGCGAACGCCUCCGCCAAGGACACCAGUCCAGCCUCGUCUCCUCUUCACCCAGUAAGGAAGCCAAAUUCCCUUCCUGCAAAGGCAAUAAACCGUCUCAUCAGGGGAAUCACGUGUCCUCACAAGCACUCACAAGCAUUCCCUGGCUCGUUCCCAGGGCGAGGCGUCCAUCUUCCGCAAGGCAGCUCGUUCUGGGGUAAAUUGCCCGCUGUUGGCACAGAGAUGGGCUAGCGCCUAGGAGAAGAGUCAACGUUGCUGCUCGGAAUACAGACAGACUUCUGCCAUGGCACCUCUCUCCCCAACCAGCUUUAAGUAAGAUCCAUUGGCUGAAAUUCCGAUCUCCAAAGAUCUACAGUUCUGUCGGCGACAAAGCCCCUGCCUUGAUCAGUGAUGGCAGCCCUUGAUGUAUUCAUUACACAUGGGCACUGUUUGUACCAAACCUGUUCUUUUUGCAAAAGUUGAUCUUAUUACCAGACAGGAGAACUCGCUCCCUCCAAAGGAAAUGGCUUCUUGAGGGUCUAUGUCUCUUUACCCUCCACUUCCAGAGAGAAGCAGCCAGCAGGUUUCCAUGCCACAGGGUGAUGCCUAUAGGAGCGCUGCCAUCACCGGGGUGAUGCAACAGCCCCCCCCCCUCAACUGCAAUCAACGCUUGAGCCGUGAUCGAGAAGCCUGCUUCCUUGCCCCACAGAGAGACGGUGUGCUAGCCAGUGGUGAAAGCACCAUGCCGUGCCCACAGUGCUCUUCCCCUGUCCUGCCUUCCGGAGGCAGAGAAACUAGCUGACCGGGAUGGUGGAGGUGGCGCUCAUCGUCCACUCUGGGCUGCUGGGAUCAAGAAGCCAUCAGCCACCCGGUGUGGGACUUGGCCGAAGUUGGGUCUCUCUCAGGAUGACGGGGGGGCGGUGGCGGUUCCAAACACCUUCCUCCUCCAUCCGCCCUUUGUCAAGCGACCAAUAGGCGUGGCACCUUCUCUGGUUCCCCUUCGUAGGAAUGAAGAGAUGGUCGGAGGCCUUCUGAGCCAGCAGGACAAGCUGGCCCUCUUGCAGUGGGUGGGAUCCAGGACAGCCUCCUACACACUGAUGUGCCAUGAGAGCGCCAAUCUCAGAAGUUCCCAAAUCUGAAGAAAAUUGUGUGGGGAGGGAGGAAUCUAGCAGUUAAUCCAACCCACCUUGCCCCUGGUAACUCCAACACAAACCCCCUGCACUUCAGGGGCAGGCUUUCGAAAUCCAAAACCACAUCCGGCUCUGAAUUUUGCAAACAGGCUCUCCCUUCAUAACGGGCUGAACCGAACUCCCCAGUCGAAGCGCCCAUUAACUAAGGGUGUUUGAAAUCCAGAUCCAGCCGUUAGGGGGCUCGAGCCCACUGCUGGAUUUAAUUUGUCUCCUCUGAAAGCAGGGUGGGUUAGUUAGGGUUUGCUUUUGUAGCACACAACUCUAGAUCAGGGACACCCAAACUUCGCAAGCUGAUGGUAGCUUUCCAGGAGUAGGGGAGCUGCACUUAAUGUGCAUAAAAUGGAGCCAGAGAGGCAACAAGAGGAGAUUACCAGUCCCAGCAUGCAGUGUGCCAUCCUGCCUCUUAGCGGCAUCCAGUUGGAACCUUUGCAUGCUAGGAUUUGUAGUCACCUUGGACCUCUUGAAAAAUAACAAUUGGCCAUAUUGUUGAAGUCUAUAGUUCUGUCACUGCCCUCUCUGCAUGGGAAGGAAUAUGGGGAAAUGAGCGAGGACUUUUAAGCAAAUCCACAGGCAGAGGGGAGGAAAGGAUGCCACAACCAGCAAAACGAGAGAAGCUACAAUACAGGGGAAAGGAGAACAACACAGCCUCCGAAAAGCCACAUUUUGCUACCUUUUAACACAAGUCAGACUAGUGGCUACAAGUCCUGUAAACUGAGAUGUCACCUUCUGACCUUGUGCAGAGACUAGGGAAUGACCUUAAAAGAAGCAAAGUAAGUAUUUAUUUCUGUAAACAAAACAAAGAAGACUUGAAAGAAAAAUUAUAUACUCAGCAUGUUUAUACACUAUGCUUAAAGACUAUCCUGUCUGAGAGUCACGUCUGAAGACUGAAGAUUCCUGCUGCUAGCUCAAUUUUUCUGUCUCCAAUACUAUUCAAGCUGUUUCCAACAGCACAUGGGAAGCCUGCCCAUCUGACAUCGGGAGAGUUAGGAUCAUUUGCUAAACACAUCAUGGCAUGCCCUUCACCAGGCACUCUGCAGCGCUGAGCACUUUGGAUGGCUCCACCCUGGGGAUCUUCACAAACAAAUGGCUACGCUGGGAAAUAAGCUGACUCCCCUGCUGGGAAGCUGAGACCCAUGGGUCAGAGGAAAUCAAAGCCCAUGGACAACAAUAGGUCAGAACUUUCUGAUCCAGAAACCAGUGGCAGCAUGGGAGGCGGUGGCUCCAAGUCCAGCUGGGCAAGUGGAGAGGAGAGGAUGGUGUAGCCAUGUUCAGACAGGCUGGCAUUUCUUUCAGCAAAUGGUUCUCCCGGCUUUGAGAUAAUCAGAAGGCAUGCUCCCCAAAAAUAUAUAUAUUAUGUAAUCAUUUCUCUAAAGCACUUAAUUCUUCACAGUGCUUCUGUGGGAAAAAAAUACCAAGCACUGUAAAUGAUUGAAAACACAGUUUGUGUGUCCAUGUGCCCCCAAAACGUAGAAGUUCAACUUUGAAGCUAUUUUUUUAACUAUAUAAAUUUAUGUAUCUUCUCGUCAUUAGUGGAGAUGUGCCAGUGUUCGGAAAACCAAAUGUCCCUUCCUCGUGUCCUGAAACUGAUCCCAAAAAAACUAAAAAAAGAAAGCACAUGGUUUGGGGAGGAGGGGAAGGGGGAAAUGAACUGAACUGGCAGUCAACAGUUUAAGGGAUGAAUGGCAGGCGGUUCUCCCACUGUGGCCAGGGGAGACUUCCCUUUGAUGCUCUGCAGAAUGCUUCAGGGUCUAAACCAGCCUCUGAGUAAUGGGGUUCAGGAAGAAACAGCCCUGUGGACAGGUCACCCCACAUUGGCCUAUCGCAGGGUCUCUGAAGCAUCUGGUGCUGGUCACUGUUGGAGUUAGGGUACUGGGAAGAUGGACCUUGGGUCUGAUCCAGUCUGCGUUCCUGUCAAAGAUUUUGGAGAACCAACAGAGCACAGAGCACAGAGUACAGGGUUAGGUCCGCAGGAGGAUCUGUGUUCUCCAAAAUGUAUUCUCCAGCAGGUAGAAGUUUGAGCCCAUGGGGUUAGAGGGCGGGCACUUGCAAAGAGGGUGAGAAGGGAAUCCCACUCAGAGCGCGUGUCCAGUAGGACCCGGAUUUCCUUUCCCCAGCUGCAAGCCUGGGUGCAGUGGAAAAGGGGAAAGGUUGGGAGAGAGCUGAGAACAUCUCAUCUUUCCGUUAGCCCGGCCACUGUCUCAGCACAGCGGGCAACCUUCGUUUUUAGCACUUUGGUCUGUACUCUCACCUGUAGAUGCACUUUGAUGUUGUUGCUUUUAAACUUUGCCGAAUGUAAACAAUGUGUCUUCAAGAAUGAAAAUGUGUGUAAAAGAGCUAUUUUAUCAUUCAGUGUGGAAUAAAGAUUCUUCAAAUUGA